AUGGUGAAAAAAGUCUGCCCCUGCAACCAGCUUUGUAGGACAAACAGCACGUCUGCCGUGGGGGGCUCUGGCGUGUCGAGUCAGGGCGGGUCGCAGAACCUGGGCCCACCGCACCAGAGAAAAGGCACCUUUACCGACGACCUGCACAAACUGGUGGACAACUGGGCUCGCGACGCCAUCAGCCUCUCACAGGGUAAGAAGAGUGCCAAACAGCUGCAGCAGACGUUUCCUCAAGGACACAGCUAUGAGCUUAUCCAGUCCGCUAACAUGGGGCGAAAAUUCUCCGCCCCUGGCCAACUGUGUCCCAGCAGCGGCAGUGCGGGCUCGGCUCAGCUCCCCGCCAACCCGGGAAGCCAUUCCUCGCUGUCCGCCCGCAAAAGCUCCUUAGGCCAGACCCCCACUUCCCCCACUCCCCCGUCUUCACAAUCGCAGCCCCCGCAGUUCAUCCACUACCACCCCUCCGCGGCCUACAGCGCGCAAUGGAGCGGGCCAGCCCACGUCAAGCCUCUCCCGCACCAGGCGCCUCCGCUUCUGGUCAGCGCAUCGCAACCUCUGGCCCCCUACAACACCUCCACGUCACAAAAUCAGUCGGCGGGACAGGCCUCUCUGCAAGCCUUCCACCUCAGCAACGCUCUGCACAAGUCUGUUAGCAACCCAGGAGGCCCCAACCUAAGGACCACAUAA